ACGGGGCAACCCGGAAGGACACAAGCCGCGGCCGCCUGUCUCCCUAGGACAGAAAGACCCACCGUCCGGCCGGCCUUUUGCCCAGGCGACUGCAGCCAGGAUGGGCCGGAAGGUGACCGUGGCCACCUGCGCGCUCAACCAGUGGGCCCUGGACUUCGAGGGCAAUUUGCAAAGGAUUUUAAAGAGUAUUGAAAUUGCCAAACACAAAGGAGCAAGAUACAGGCUUGGACCAGAACUGGAAAUAUGUGGCUACGGAUGUUGGGAUCAUUAUUACGAGUCGGACACCCUCCUGCAUUCGCUCCAGGUCCUGGCUGCCCUUCUGGAAUCUCCGGUCACUCAGGAUAUCAUCUGUGAUGUGGGAAUGCCCGUGAUGCACCGAAACGUCCGCUACAACUGUAGGGUGGUAUUUCUCAACAGGAAGAUCCUGCUCAUCAGACCCAAAAUGGCCUUGGCCAAUGAAGGCAACUACCGAGAGCUGCGCUGGUUUACCCCGUGGUCCCGGAGUCGGCAAACAGAGGAAUAUUUUCUCCCCCGGAUGAUACAGGACCUGACAAAGCAGGAAACCGUGCCCUUUGGAGAUGCUGUCCUCUCCACCCUGGACACGUGCAUCGGGAGUGAGGUCUGUGAGGAACUCUGGACACCCCACAGCCCACAUGUGGACAUGGGCCUGGACGGCGUGGAGAUCUUCACCAAUGCCUCAGGCAGCCACCACGUGCUGCGCAAAGCCCACGCCAGGGUGGACCUGGUGACCGUGGCCACCACCAAGAACGGCGGGAUUUACUUGCUGGCCAAUCAGAAGGGCUGUGACGGGGACCGGCUGUACUACGACGGCUGUGCCCUGAUAGCCAUGAACGGCAGCAUCUUUGCCCAGGGGUCCCAGUUCUCUCUGGACGACGUGGAAGUCCUCACCGCCACGUUGGAUUUGGAGGACGUCAGAAGCUACAGGGCAGAGAUGUCAUCUCGAAACCUGGCGGCCAGCAGGGUGAGCCCCUACCCCCGCGUGAAGGUGGACUUUGCCCUGUCCUGCCACGAGGACCUGCUGGAGCCGCUCUCUGAGCCCGUUGAGUGGAAAUACCACAGUCCCGCCGAGGAGAUCAGCCUUGGACCUGCAUGCUGGCUCUGGGAUUUUUUAAGACGUAGCCAACAGGCGGGGUUCUUCCUGCCCCUGAGCGGCGGGCUGGACAGCGGGGCCACCGCCUGUCUCGUCUACUCCAUGUGCCACCAGGUCUGCGAGGCUGUGAAGCAUGGAAGUCAGGAAGUGCUGGCCGACGUCCGGACCAUCGUGAACCAGACCAGCUACACCCCCCAGGACCCCCGGGAGCUCUGUGGCCGCAUCCUGACCACCUGCUACAUGGCCAGCGAGAACUCCUCCCGGGAGACGUGCAACAGAGCCGGAGAUCUCGCCCAGCAGAUCGGAAGCCACCACAUCAGUCUCAACAUCGACCCAGCCGUGAAGGCCGUCGUGGGCAUCUUCUGCCUGGUGACGGGUAAAAGCCCUGCGUUUGCAGCUCACGGAGGAAGCAGCCGGGAGAGCCUGGCCCUGCAGAACGUACAGGCGCGGGUGAGGAUGGUCAUUGCCUACCUCUUCGCUCAGCUGAGCCUCUGGUCCCGGGGCGCCCCAGGCAGACUUCUCGUGCUUGGAUCUGCCAACGUGGAUGAGAGCCUCCUCGGCUACCUGACCAAGUACGACUGCUCCAGCGCAGACAUCAACCCCAUAGGCGGGAUCAGCAAGACGGACCUGAGAGCCUUCGUCCAGCUCUGCAUGGAGCGCUUCCAGCUUCCCGCCCUGCAGAGCAUCCUGGUAGCGCCGGCCACUGCCGAGCUGGAGCCCUUGGCCCACGGACGGGUGUCCCAGACUGACGAGGAAGACAUGGGAGUGACCUACGCGGAGCUGUCGGUCUACGGGAGGCUCCGGAAGGUGGCCAAGAUGGGGCCCUACAGCAUUUUCUGCAAACUCGUCUACGUGUGGAAGGACGUCUGCACCCCCAGGCAGGUGGCCGACAAAGUGAAGAGGUUUUUCUCCAAGUAUUCCGCGAAUAGGCACAAAAUGACCACACUGACCCCCGCGUAUCACGCCGAGAGCUACAGCCCAGACGACAACAGGUUCGAUCUGCGGCCGUUUCUGUACAACACCCGCUGGCCUUGGCAGUUCCGCUGCAUAGAAACUCAGGUUCUCCAGCUGGAGAGAAGACAGCAUCAGGCCCUGGACGGCGUGGACUGAGCCCGGGGCCUGCGCAGAGGGCUCCCCUCCCGCGAG